UCAAAUAUUAUUAAAAUAAAGUAUAUAAAAUAUUGAUCAGAUGUAUUGGAAUUUAUUCCUACAACGUAACAACAAAUAAUCAAUAGAUAGUAAUAUUGUUAUGCUAUUGAUAAUGUAAAAUUUUUUAGUGAAAUUGACAGAUGACGUAUGUUCAUAGAUUAUAUGUGUCAGAAUUCAUUCUUCGAAUAUAAGAAAAUAUUUUCAAUGAAUAUUGGACUCGUAUGAUCAUAUAUCGGUUACACGAGUCGAUAUUCAUUCCUAAAAUACAAUUAAGCAUAUUUAUCUUAUAAUAUUCUAAUCAUUGGGCAUCAUAAAUGUUCAUAGAGAUCAAUUUAAUAUAGGUUAAUCACGUUGAAGUCAGAUGGUUCUAAUCUGCUGCAAUGAUGUCCACAUGUCCACACCUACGUAUGGCGUAGAAUUUUCUGACUGGUUAACUUCCUCGUAAAUGACAUCAAUUCCUGAGGUUGCAUGUGUAACAUAUAAUUUUUUUCAUUUUUAAGGAGCCUUCAUUAUAUGUAUUGUUACUUCUAUUUUUAUUUUUACUACUUUAUUUAACAUCUUCAUAUAAUUUUACUAUAGAACUGUCGUUCUAAAUAAAUAGUAACUAUAACUAAUAUUAAAUCCGUAUUUAUUUGGGGCACAGCACUCCACCAUUCCGAUGCUGUCAAAAGUCACGUGAUUGUGUUACUAGAGUAUAUCUUAUUGGAUGAACUGAUGUGAGAUAAAAUAAGUUUUUUUAGAAUAGAAAAUACGAUUCUUUGCAUUGCGCGAUAUAAAAUGCAAGUAAAAGAAUAACGAGUCAGAUUACAGUAUUCGAUAAAAGUGAGUAUAACAGAAUCGUUUGAUUAAAGAAUUAACAAAAAGUUCUAUGCAUGGAAAUUAACAUUAUUCCUCUUUCGAACGUUGGCAAGCCGUCUAUCGAUUCUCCCCACGCAUACAUCUCUUCAGUCAUCGAUUGCACUUUUUGCACCUGCCAUUUUUUUCCAGAGUAAUGGGAGCCUCAUCUCGAACUACUAGCACGAGGGUGGAUUAAAACAGGCUAUCCUGACCUGCGAAGCCACCCUCACCCUCUUCGUCUCGAUGAAUCUUCCACAUUCUUUAUUUUUCAAAAAUUUUUAAAGUGUCUCCUGCAAGAAAAAACAGACAGCAAAAAAAAUACACUCGAGAAGUCAAAGUGUGCGACGAAGAAAGAACAACGUUGCUGCCAAUAAGAAAGAGAAAGAGGGAGAAGGAUAGAAAUAGAAGAAGGUGAAAGUAAAAGAGAGACGGCUAGAGGGUGGGUGGUGGGGGGCUCUCGGCUUAGGAGUGAGAGAGACAGAAGAGGUCGAAGGGAGUCGAGCGAGGAGAAUGACGGAUAGCCAGCAGCAGUUUUGCUUGCGUUGGAACAACUUUCAAGCUAAUAUCACCAGCCAAUUCGAAGCCCUCAGGGAUGACGAGGACUUUGUCGAUGUCACCUUUGCCUGCGAUGGUAGGCGUCUCCAGGCGCACAAGGUUGUCCUCUCCGCGUGCAGUCCUUACUUCAAGGAGUUGUUCAAGACGAAUCCAUGCAAGCAUCCAAUAAUAUUUAUGCGUGAUGUGGAGUUUGAACAUCUACAGUCGCUUUUGGAGUUCAUGUAUGCUGGGGAAGUUAACAUAUCUCAAGCAGAAUUGCCUACAUUUUUACGAACUGCUGAGUCUCUUCAAAUCCGUGGACUCACCGACUCUCAAAAUAUUCAGCACAACAACGAAAAGCAUUUGAAAACAAACAACAUAUAUGCAUCAAAUGGUCGUGGGCUGAUCUCACCAAGUUUGGAUGAGGACCGUAGCAAAACACCACCAGCCUCGAGUCCUCCACCACUUAAAAGGCUGUGCAAACGAAGUGAUUCGCCUCAGAUAUCUAGUCCUGUACCAGCUGCUGUGGCCUGUACAACUGGACCAUCAUGCACACGGCCAUUAAUCGAGCCACAGGUUCAGCUCGACUGCUACAAAGAUCUUGAUAUUGUUGAGCCAAAAGUAGAAUUACCAGAGUAUGGAAGCGACGAUGACUGUUCUCCAAAGCAGGAAGUCAACACACUGCCAAGUGGUUUCCUUAGCCUUGAUGGUGGCAUGGAAGUUUUGCCAUCGUAUCCACCUUCCUAUCAAGGAGGAGGAGGAGCAGGAGGAGGAGGUGGCGGCGGGGGUGGUGGACCAUUAGAAGGUGGACUGCCAGGACCAUCAAAUGUUAGCAAUACGGAGCUAAAUCAAGAGCAACAAGCUGACCUACGCAAACUGCACUCGCUGGACCCACGCCCCUGUCCUGUCUGCAACCGCAUGUACAGUAACUUGUCGAACCUGCGUCAGCACAUGCGCCUGAUCCACAACCCUCAGAGUGUCACAUGCCCCCUUUGUAACAAGCCAUUCAAGACCAAGCUCUACCUGAAGCGACACCUGGUCAGCUUCCACGAGCUCAACGUCGCGGACAGACAUCGUCAGGAAGAAAUCUACCAACAUCAGCAACCGAAAGCACAACAGCAAACUGGAGCGCAGACGCAUCUACAAAUCCAGACACAACAAACAGAUAAUGUCAAAUCAUUUCCUGCGCCCAGAGUACCAACGGAGGAGGGCACAACCGCGGUGACUCUGGAGAACAAGUCGAGAUCAUUCCAAGACGGUGGUUACGAGGUCAACCAGACCAGUGUCGAAUCAAAGCACUUUCAGAGCAGUGUGAUGCAAUUUGAUGCAACAUACCACUAAUGCGCCUUAGUUUUUUCGGCCCAUUUGUGAUAGUUUUUUGGUUGAGUAGGAUUAAUACCAGCAAUUUCUGGCAGUCAUAAACUCCGAACGGGGGUUCAGCGCGGUUUUUCAACGAAAGACCGAGACGCAGCGAAGAGAUUGACCGAGUUUGUGCUGCGAUGGAUAAUAAGAAUUUCAUGAAAUUCUUGGCUAAACAAACAUUCGGUUACUCUAUUAAUUAUGUUACGAACGCGUCCUUUAUGUUGUAUAUCGUUUUUGCAGAAUUUGCAAAUUUUAUUUCUAUCGAACGUUGAGUAAGUUGUUUUAUUUUAUUUCUGAGACUUUUUCUCACGUUGCUAUUGCAAAUUAAUAUACGGAGUAUGGAAAGACUAAGUUUAGGUGAUGAAAGAGAGGACCAAUGCAAGUUUUGAUUCGGUUGAUGCUGAAAUAAUUUCGUUUUUUACCUAUUAGCUUUGAAAUUGCUAAACCUCAGAUCUAACCCAGAUCAGAAUAAUCGGAAUCGUUAGAAGAAAUCAUGAACAACACAUAACAUUUGUUAUCAAAAUCUAUAGCAGGAUCUGUGCUUUCAAAUGGUGUGUAACAUGAUUACAUUUAUAUACAAAUUCAUUUCAAUAUGAAAUAGUAAACUUGAACAAUACAGAGAUUAUUUUUGUAUCAAUUUAAUGUUAAGUAGUGUGACGAGCGUACAGAGGGUUGCUACUGCGACAAAUACCGAUAGUUAUUCGGAUAAAAUUUUGAAAAUUGAUGUGUAAUUUAUAAUGCUGAAUUGGACGGUUUAAAAAUUAAUUUGAAAAAAAAAAAACUGUGUCCGUUGUUUUAAAAUAAAUUUGGACAAGGGACCGACUUACAGAAUCCAUAUUUUUAUUUGCUCGAUACUUCUCUGAGAAUAUAUAAACGAAAGUACAAAUGGAAAUCGCCAUUGUACGUUUGAUUUUCUCAGGAUGUUCAUGUUCAGCACAAAGCAUAAGUGAUUAGUGAGAAUAAAUACUUCUAAAGAAGACAUAAAAUGAUUUAAAAUAGUGAGCAAUCAGACAUCACUCAAUUGAACGUCAUAAAUUACAUAAUAGUAGUUACAAUUUUUAACAUUUUAUAUCGAUAAUUAUUGGAAGGAUGACUGUUAAUACGGUACCAUCCCCUAAAUGCUUGUCAUUUACUUAAAAUAUUCGCAUUGCUUUCAUCACCUAAAUGACACUUACUUUUUUCACUCUCUGUAUAGUUUUAUGUCUUUUAGAGUAUCGUUCAAGACAACGUAAGACAAUAUGUUUCUUCUUGUUGCGUUUUUAAUUACAAUUUUAUUCAAGUGCGGACAAACUCUUUGUCUAUAUUUUUAUUACGUCGGAAUCGUUAAAAAAGUGUAAGUUGUUUACAUUCUUACAAUCUGGGAAGUAAUUAUGUCUCAGUUCUAUCAGAGUUUGCAAAAGGUUGUUGUGUUUUUAGAAAUUUACAUUCACCUAAAUCGAAGAUAAAAGUUUUAAGGAUCAGUUGUAAUAUUUAAUUUGUCAACAAAUUUAAAGCAUGGUAACAAAAUCAACAGAUCUUUGUUAACGCGACGGUAUAAUUUUAGUUGGAAAUCCAUCCAGCACUUUACUAGAAAAGUCAAUCUCUUUGCGGCGUGCCACGAUAACCGAUAAAAUGAAAGUUCUUGAAGGACAACUCGCAAAAGGUGCCGUGCCUAUUCGUCGUCAUAAGGAAAAGCGAGAGUAUUUCUUAAACAAACAAACAAACAAACAAACAAACAAACAAAACAAAAUGAAAGAAACUACAAACAAUUACCGCAAGUGGAGCAGCCAUCCCAUCUCGUACUGAUUAUUCCGCGAGCCAGGAUAACUUGUUGUUUUAUUUGAUGCUAUACAGUGUUAUAUAAACUACAGAUAUUUACAACGAUAUUAUAUUCUUACAGAGGAUUAUAUUUACUUUAUUGAUUACGUCACACGACUGGGUGACACGCACAGAAACUCCCAGGAUGACGUACGAACAUAUUAUAAUAUAUUUUUCACCACGUAGCAGUUUAACGGUGCGAUAGACAGCCAACCGAUUUUACAGCUCAAACAGAUUUACAGAGGAUUUAUUAUUGACAGUUAUCGAUGGGAAACCACCGUGAUACAGCAGAUUGACCUUAAUAUAUUAUAAGAGGCUCGUGUCCGAGGUGGCUUUUCUUACUAACUCUUUGACAAUGCUCUAAUGUGAUAUUAUAGAGCUGAAUUAAUAAUCUUUUCUUAACUUCGGUACGUUAAUUCGAUCUUUCGUUCCUUAACGGAUUUUCAUUUUCAUUUUUUUCUUUUUCUUUACGUAAUCGUUUUAUAUUUUCCUGUUACCGUCAAUAUUACUUUACUUUGUUUCUGUCUUCACUGUUAAGUUUUUAAUUUGCCAAUGACAAAUUUGCUUUUAAUGGCAUUCAUUUCGAAAGUAUUUUUAGUUUAUUCAUUCUCCUUUCGAGGAAAGAAUUUAUUAUAGACAUUGUCAUCAUUAUUCUAAUUUGUUUAAGUUUAUUAAACAUCGCUGUUCAUUCCAUUUACAUUUUAUAAACAUGAUUUAUUGUUAAGUAUCGUAAAGGUAUUACUUAUAUCAGUUUCUUUCAAAUUCUAAUGAAUUUGUUCUAGAACGGAUUCGCUUAUUCUUAAUUAAACGAAAGUCUUUGUUACCUUUCCAUUGUUCUUCUUUUUUCUUUUUAUUAAUUUCCUUAGAGUUUUGAUAUUUUUCAACAGAUUAUUAGAUAUUUUAUUAGACCUACAGUAAUCCAUUAUUAAGGUAUUCCUAUGUUGAAGAUACUUCGGUUUUUGAGAAUACUUUUUACGCGCACAAUAUAGCAAUAUUUUAAGGUACUGGUUAACAUUGGAUCACAUGUUGCAAAAGUGGCUACGUACCGUAGGUCGCAUCAAUUUUUAUACGCGAAUUAAACUUUGUUCAUCAGUAUCUUACAUAUUCUACAAUGAUAACUGACAACUGUACAAUAUUGUUACGUACAACAAUCGUACGUAAAAUUAGGAAUCACUUGACAUUUUUAUUUCCAACAAAAGCUUCCGAUGCAAAUUAUUUCUAUUUAUUUGAAAGUACGAAGGGAAAAGAUAGAGCCAUCUCAGACAUUGCCGAACUCCAUAGCCAUAGUACCACACAGUACAACUCAGGAUCUUUUAUAUUAUAUUUUACAGAUGACAAUAGUUCUGUGAGCGCGAUAGACUCGACAAAUUUUUCGCCGUGUACAGAGCCUAGGUUUCUCAAUAAUUUAACACACAUUCAAAUAAUUAUUGUUCUCACAAUAAACCCAGGUUAUUUUGAAUUAAUAUUAAAAGUUUCGUUUCACUUAGUAUUUGUAAAUUGAUCGAGUAUCGAUUUAUUCGUUAAUUAUUUUCUGAACUUGCAAUUUUAACUUAACUAUUUAGUAAUUUCCCGCCAAGUAUGAAUGUAUACGAAUCGUUUACGUGAUUGUAACCGAAUGACGUCAUUAUUCGUAUAGUUUAAAAAUGAUUGAACAUUUUUGUAUAGGCUCUGUACUCAGGAAUUAUCGAAAUGUUUCUCGAUUUAAUCGCGCCCUUCACACAGGCUCGUUACCUCACGAUUUACAAUCAAAUCACAGAUGCAGCUAUAUAUUAUUAUAAUAAGUAUAUUUACAUACCGUUUUACAACAGUGCCGGGGUCGCAACGACUGUGACUAAUCAAAUUUGAAUGAAAAAAGCUACACGCAUUGAUCACGAAAGAGAUGGGGAAAAAACAAACUAAUACCAAUUUUUUCGUCUCGUACGUGAACAGGUUUUCGUUUGAUCGUUACGUAAGGUUUUCCGAGGAUUUUUCGAUUCUUUUUUUCAACACGUGAAACAGAGAGCUUCGUGCCCAGCGCAUAGUUUUUACUGAAUCUAAGAUUAGAAUAUAAAUGUUGCAUAUCAUGUUAUUAAGAUUGUUGUACAGACAGCCUGUUGCAAAUCUCGGUCUAUGGAUUUUCUCUCGAUUUCAGUGUGUAACUUUUAUUUUCACUUACACAUUUCUUCGUUUUAGUUUCAUUGAAGUUGCAAUUAAUUCGUUAAUAUCAGUUAGUACAGAUACAAGAAUAAGGGUUCAAUUUUUAAUGUACGAGUAUUUCAAAACAUAUGGUACUUAAUAUUUCUAACAUUUAAAAUGGAAUGAAUUUUUCUUGGGUUUCAUGGUACAAUUUGUACAAAAGAUUCGAGCAGAAAAUUGUAUUCUUUUCGUUGAAAGUUAGAGAAACAUUGAAAUAUCAUGAAUGAUAAAUUUGAACUUAAUUUUCGUUAUUAAUGUUACCUAGUAAUAAAGUAAGAUAAUAAUAAAUAAUAAGACUAGUAUUAAAAAUUAAUAGGGGUUAUCUGAAAUUAACAAUUACAAGUUGUUAAUUUUAGGUGGAUUUUAUUGAUUAAUAGUAAUGUUUAUUUUUUAUUUUUUUUUUUUUUUAAGUAAUUAUACGUGUCUUUUGAUUCAAGCAAAUUAUUGGUUAAAAUUUGAACCUUAUUGUUUAGAAGUACCCAACUAUGGUUUAACUUUACAGAUGUUUUCUAUCAUUCUUAUUUGUAUACUGCAUAAUUUUAAAUUUAAUACGUCAUCGAUCGAGUGGAUCCUUAGACCGACAUUCAUAUACAUAUACAUAUAUCUCACUUACAUAUAAACCACAAUCAAACAGCGAGCCGCAAAUGUAGACAAAUAAAAAUGGGACAAAGCAAACGAACGCAAUAACUGCGAUUCAAAACCGAACUAAUCGAAACGAGGCAGACAAUUACAGGGAAUCAUUUUUUCUUUUCUAACUUGCAAUCUUUCGCUGGGCAUUAAGAGUGAUAUACCGAUCAGCCGAUUAGUUGAUUCAUUCAAAUAUUUAAACAGAAAACACAGUUUUUCCAAUUUUCCAGCCGAAACCGCCGAAUAAUCAUCUGAUUAACAGCAAGAGUAAAAAGUUACAAAUUCAGUGUUUAGAAAACAUUCGUGUUAAGGGAUAAAGUCACCUUUUCGCAGGAUUUUUAAUUUUUUUUUUUUUGUUUUGUUUUGUUUUGGUUCCGUUUAAUCGGUAGCCGAUUUGAAAAUUGGAAAGUUAAAACGCUUUCUCGAGUUUAUACGAUAAACUUGGAAAACGAUUACUUGGAAACAAGAUUGGAGAGUGCUAAUGAGAAAUAAGGCUCGAGUUAUGCGCGAGUUAGAGGAACGUUUGUCAGCGAUUGCUAUGUGUUUUCAGAGUGACAGACUCUCGUCUAACUUAGACUAAACAAUGGAUUCGACAUUAGAAAGUCGCAGCACUGGAAAUUGCAGUCGAGAGUUAGACAAUUUGAAAACUUUUAAAAAUAUAUUUAAACCUUUUAAUCGCAAGAUUAAAGAGGAAAGUCGAUAAACAAAAGAAUUGUCUGGGUUGGAACACUUUUACGACUGAGGUGAACUAAUGCAACAAGAUGUAGAAGGUUUCGAUUUGAAAGCCAUAAACUUUCUAAUUUUCGAUUCAACUAUCUUCUUUUUAAUUAAUCAGAGAAACGAAAGCAUAAGAACAAAUAUUCGACGAGUAGCUACGGAUAUUAACAUUCCCAUUAUUCAUCGAUCGAUUCAUUCUAAUUGUUAUUUAUUCAGCGCAUAUGGCAUAAUUAUUCAAAUUUAUCUUUAAGAUGCAUUUGAACGAAUUUUUCGAUUAAAAUUGUAGAUUUCAUAUUGUUUUCCUCUUUCUUUUUUUCAAGGGAAGUGCAUUUGUUUUAUUUGUUGUAUAUAUUGUACAUUACAGCGAUUCGUGUACUCGAGUGCUAGUAAUUAAUUAUAGAAUUAGAAUUAGAGGUAAUCGAAAGAGGGAGUUGGUUUCUCGUUCGGAACAUUUUAGUUUCUUUUUGUUUCAUUUCGAAGAAAUGGAAACUAGAUUUUAUUAUUACUCAUAAGAAUGAAAUCUAGUCAGAUGAAAGUUUUGCUAAACACUUUGAUAAGUUUCAACAACUUUCAGAGAGUUGCGUGAAACGCGAGAGGAAUAUACAGUACAUACGUGCUGUUAUUUUUUAACGAUAAAUUAAUCUAAUCACGUUUAUGUUUAUUAAUUCGUAAAUGUUUCACUGCCGGUGAACAUUUUUUUCAACAUUUAAAAGCAGCGAUGGUCAUGUUCAGAAAAUUCAAACAUUUUUCUGUGCUGGCAAAAAAGACAAAAUUUGUCAGCUGGUUAUGUAUUAACCCUUUGCGCUUCAAACAAUUAUACAUUGGUAAUUAAUUUCAAGGAGUUUUUCUCCUUAGAAUUCUUAGUUACGUAAUGGCCAUGAAAAAAGUUUUGCCAAUCUGUUAAAUUGUAUAAUUUCGUCUUCUUUAAGCUUAAAAUAUUUAUUUAUCGAACAUAAGCAUAUAUAAAUUAACUUUGUUGACUAUCUGAAUUGUAUCGUUAGUCUUAAGAGUGCAAAGGGUUAAUUUCGAUUUUGUUUCUUCUUGAGGAAUAAACCAAUUGUGAUUAUAUUUGACUAAACAUUUUUCUUUUAUUUCUUGACACCGCGUGCAGAAAAGAAAAUUAACUUUAAUAUUUUUUACGUGACGUUUAACGUGAUACUAAACGAAAGGAUAAAAAUCCGUUAGAUGAAGAAAAGUAUAUUUUGAAAUGUACUUUACUGAAAUUACGACCGAAGAAUUCGCAAAUUAUAAUACAAGUUAACCUCUUGUUUAGCUUUCUCUCUCUCUCUCUCUUCUCUUCUCUUCUCUUCUCUUCUCUUCUCUUCUCUUCUCUUCUCUUCUCUUUCUUCUAACACCUAUGUCUGACAUCAUUCUUGUGUCUAAGGAAUUUUCUACUUGAUAGGGUACACAAACGACCAGUAUUUCACUAUAUUUUUUAAUAGUGAUUUUUAUAACUGUAAAGGUAUAGUGUGCGUGUGACAAAUAUAGCGAUCAUGUAAAAACUGUAGGUUACCAAGAUAGUAGACCUUGACUUGUACAGUUUAUGAGACAGGAAGCAGUAUCGCCACGUAAUUCUUUAAGAAAAAAAUCUUUUUUUAACAAGACAAAGACUCAAAGUUUUUUGAGAAAAUAAUUGUAGAUCGUUUUCCUAUAGUGAAAAACAAUUGAUACCCGGUAUCCAACAAGAUUGUCUCGACGGAUCGCUCGUGUCUGAUUUAGAUCGCUAGAUUUGCUCCACCAGUUAUACAGUAAUCGAUAGUGCAAUGUCCCGAGUGUAAGUGUAGUUAGUUCAUCAGUAUUAAAACUCCAUAGGGUUACAUGUAAUUUUCACGUAAUUUCCUGCUAUCUUAUACUUCUUGCUAGACUUGUACGUGAAACGUAUUAAUGCAGUUUCAUAUAAAAUUAAAAAUUCUUCUUUCGUUCACAGUUCGAAGUGCGAACCAUUAGAUUAGCGUUUAACUUAGAACAAUAGCUGAGUGGUUUUAAUUAUGAAUGUGAUCGUUUAUCAGUUUCGUUGUGUACGCCGAAUUUACGCUUCGAUUAUGUACAAUUUUUACGAUAGCUUUGCGCAACAACUGAAACUGAAAUACUGAAAACUAAAGCCUUAAAGUAUAACUUAUCAGUCUAUUCAUUGCCGAAGUGAUCGAUGAGCAAUUAGAUAUUAAUCGUAUACUUAAAGGUAUCAGUACACUAAUGUCGCGUUAAUUGAUAAUGUAUAAUUGGAUUAUUAAUUGGAUUGCAGCGGUGAAAUUCUUUCGCGAAAUGUUCCGCUUUAAAGUUCUUUUUUAAAUUAAAUUGUUUCAUGUCGAAUAACUUUUAAUUCAUUUGACAGCGUACGUACGUAUUAUUGUGACGAAAUGUAUCAAUUAAUAAGAGAUGAAAAAUGCUGACGAAAUUUGUUUUAUGUUAAAAAAUUGGAUUAUUGCUCAUCUAUUGAGUGAUAUAUACCAUGUGUCCUGUAUACCAUUAUCGUAUGAUGUUUACUUUACAUCCAGUGGUGUUAAAAAAAGAAAAACAUUGUUUUACAGUGUUGUAUAUUGUAAAUUUUGAUAAAUCUAUCAAGGUGGAAGAUGUUUACACGCACAGACGACAGUGUUUUCUACAUCGUGUGUUCAUAAACAUUUACAUUAUUAAACAUUGAAGAUCUAAUUACGAAAAUUAAGAGAUAUUUACUAUCAAUAUGAAUUUAUAUUCACAAUUUAUUAUUUUAAAUUACCUUAAAUUCUAGAUGUUAUAUUUUCAAAAAAAUGUUAUAAUGUUGUGUAGGAAAACAUCGAACCCUUCAAGAAUAUUGUUAUAUACGUAUACUUUAGUUUUCAUUAUUUAAAACUUUAUAACAUGAAAAUAUUCUCUUUUCAGUCAAUAUCAUUUGGAUUAUUGUACACUUCAGACAAAACAAUUUAAUUACCCUAUUUAUUAGUGCACGUAACACACACGACAAUCCGAACGAUUUCUGUUCUGACAAUUAUUUUGGAUUACUGUCUUUUAAAAUAGUGUUAGUGUACGUUACUCUUAGCGAAAUCAUGCAACACUGUAGAAAACAUUUUUUUUUUUUUUUUAAAUACCAAAGGUAGAGGAAAUAUUUCAUAAGAUAAUGGUUGUUUCUACAUGUACAUACAAGGUGUUCAAAUUAACAGGGCUCAGACAUGUGCGACCUUUCGUCAGGAUAACUCAUGGCAAUACUAAUCAAAAGUCUGUUUUCCACAUUUGUGAUCAUUUCUAGUAAUACAGUAACGUCCCUCGGGUUGAGACGAAGUGAUUCCCCGUCAUUUUGACAGACAGUAUAUCAGGUUGCAAAAGCUGGCUUUGACCAUUUCUCAGAGAUCUCUACUAUUUCAUACUCUUUUACCCAAAAUAAAAUUUGGGGAGAGUGGCAAGAGCAGAUUGAAUUUCAAUUCCUUUGUCCACCGAGUUGAGACAACAUGAUGGUCCCAACUUAGUCUCAAUCUAAUGGCCAGGUAAUUUACUCUGUUAAUUUACAGGCCAAAGGUUGCAAUUGUAUCUUAACUACUGAUAUAGUAACGAAGAUCUCAGAUUGAAAAGUGGUAGAUGACUAUUUCCUUGUUUAUGAGAAAUGAAACCUGAGGAAACUGCUUCGCGUGUUUCUGAACACCUUGUAUAAAUUCAAGUCUCAUUUGGGUCUUUCCACGCGACCAUCUUCAAACUUGCUCUAUUUCGAGGGAGAAAUUUGUUGGCACUUCUAAAAUCAAACUUCAUUAAUCAGAAUAAGAAUGACUGGAAUCAACACAUUCUUGCCAACGUGAAAUAGAUUUGUUUAUUCAAAUUGCAUAAAUUACGGGGUUUUGGAAGGAGUAAAUUACACCAUAAGUUUACAAAAAAAAACUUGGGUUAAAAGCAUCGUUGAUUUUACGAGAUUUUUUCGAUGUUUUACUGUUCAGCCUGAACUCUUAUGAAACGAUAGUUCGAAUUUGCUUCCUCUCCAUAAUUUAUGUAACGGUCUAAAUGAAGCAUACAUUCACGAAAAAGACUACGAUAUUUUUAAGUUGCAUAUAACACGAUCACCUUUGCAUAGAAAUUUAUUACGGUAUAAAAUGGUAAACAGGAAAACAGAUUCUUGUUGAUUUGCACGGUUUUUUGAACUGGAACACGUUCGAUAUAUUUUCUCUAUACUUAAAACUCCGAGAAAAUGCAACAAGAGAAAAUCAAAUUUGUGGGAUGUCUUUAAAUAACAUUUAGGUAACCAGAAAGCAAAGAAAAAAUAGCAUCGGUGGAAUCUGAAAUCGCCUAAAUUUGGAACGAAAUAUAGGCCAACAGCAUAUUUACUCGAAAUAGAAUCGAAGGUUUGAUGACAAUCGCGUGGAAAGAUAGAAGUGGGACACCUGUGAUUAUUAAUUUAAAUAUACAUUGUUAUUGACAGUAUUAGUACUCAAGGCUUGGAAUUAACGUUAACAAAUUUCGGUUCGACGUCUACGCUCUUUGCUAUGAUUUCGACAAGCUUUACGAAUAAAUUCAAGGUAAACAUGUAAAUAUUGUUUCUCCUCGGUUAUCAUUCUCGGCGUGGUGUUUAUUUAUUUUCGGCGAAUUUUCAACUUGCGUAUCGUUUAAGAAAUGAAUAAGAACUACUUUAGCAUAAAGUAAGCACUACUAAUAAGAUAUUUAUCGAUUAAUGUUUAUCUUGAAAUAAUGAAAAAUUAUCGAGCUGUAAAUUAUAGCUUUCUGCGUUAAAUAAGAUCCCGGUUGUUAAUUUCAGUGAUAAACAAUUCACCGAACGAGAAUCCAAGGUGAUAUAAUGCAAUACUUUUUGCAAAUCUAUUUUGGGAAAUCCUUUUUUGCAAACGAACGCGCGCACGAAAUUCAAAUUAAAACCGGAACUACAACUUGGCAAAUUUCGCGACAAAAUUUUUAUUGUACAUGUUUGACGGAACAAAAAGUUUUGCAAAAAAUGGAUACCAUUAUUCUUCAGUAUUUUUCGCAAAGAAUUCGGAAGAUUAAACUCCAGACAUUUUUAUGGCCAAUUGAACGAAUUGAAUUAAAUCCGCGCAGAGGGAAAGCAAUAGGAAACGUACCGUUGCAGACAUUUUUGCAACGAUUUGGGAUUAUUGUAUUCAUAAGAUUUUUAAAUCUCUAAAAAUAAAAAAAAUAAAAUAUGGAUAAAUCUUGAAACCUUCGCGGAGUAAUUGUGGAUAUUGAAAUAAAAAAUCUUGUGAAUAAAUAGAAGCUAUUGUUCUUCAGAAUUUUUUGCAGAAGCGUAUAAAUAGAAAGUUCCACGAAUUUUCGAAGAAAAGGAAAACGAGAAAUUUUUGAACUACGAAUGUAUGCAAAAGUAUUCCAAACACAAUUGCAGUUAUUAACGAACAAACAAAAUAUUGAUCUCUGAAUGUAAACAAGAGCUAAAGAGGGGGAAGUACAAUUUUCGUGAGAACAUGAAAAAAGGUAUACUUAAACACGUUGAUAAGGCAACGAUACGAGGUGCCAGGGUAUCUGGAAAGAAAUAAAGUAAAAUGUUUUUCAAAAUUCACCAGCUUUGCAUUCCAACGUGUUAUGUUUUGCGAAACAGUGAGAACAUUGCAACUUAGAACUUUUGCAGAGAGUCUGAAGAAGAUUAGGAUUGAACUGUUUCUUGCAAAAGAACAAAAAAAAAAAAAAAACAAAUAUCCGAUGUAUACCGAACAUUCAGUUUCAAGCGAGUUAUAGUAAAUAUUAUACCUCAAAAUAUUUGCAACGGAUUACAAAUGAUAGAUUCAAAAAUUUUUAUAGAAAAAUCAUAAGAAUUAGAUUGUAGAAUUUUUACCGAGGGCUCGGAGGUAAACCAGACUUCUAGGUUUUUUGCAAGAUAAAAAGAUAUUUCGAAGCAUACGUGAACGUGUUUACUUGAUAAUUGCUGAGAAUAAUCUCGUAGGAUAUUUUCGGAAUUUCAGCCGCAAUAAACGCAAACUAAUAAUAAUAAUAAUACCAAAAAAAAAUAAAAAAAAAAAACUUGAAGCAUAGCGUAGAAAUUCUUUGUACGAGAAUUAGUUGGAGGGAUAUUUUUAAAAAAGUGAAAAUUCGAAGUCUGGGACACUUUACGGACGUCUUUUUUGCAAAAAAUCUACGAAGUUAAUUUUCCUGUAGUUGCGCAAAAUAAAGAAGUCCAUACAUAAGGCGCUCAAGUUUAUAUUAAAAGAGUAUUUCUAAAAUUUCUACGAAGAAUGAAUAAAAUUAACAAGAGAAAAAGAA